CUCAUUCCUUCUAACUGCACGUGUCAUAGCGAAAGUGAAACACAACUGAGGUGAAGCUGCUAGAGGUGCUGGGCAGGAGGGUCCUGACUCUCCUUCCACUUCCAUCUGUGCUUUUCCAGAAGACAGAGGAGGAUGGCAGGAGGCCCCAUGCAUGCAACAGCCCCUCAGCCAGUGCAUGUGCUGCUGUGAGCAAGCAAGGAGACCCGUCCCAAUGCCUGCACUGCCAGCAGCCUGACUACCACCACCACCACACCUCUCCAUUCUCCUGCAUGAAGCUGCUCUCCAUUCUCCUGGACCACAGCUGGAUUAUCUCAGCAGACAGGAUCAGUGCCAGGUGAUUACCAGCAACCUUUUUGGAAAGGCCUUCAUUGAAAGACAAGAUGAGUACAGAUACUAAGGUACAUCUAAGGAGAUCAGCCUCAGAACCAGAUCCUUCAACAAAUGAUGCAGAGAAGGAAAAGAUGGAGGUUGCUUCAGAGCUGGGCAGCCCAACUUUGAAUGAUGAGAACACAGGAUUUAUUGAAAGAGGUAUUAAAACAAUGUUAAGCAUCCGGAGAUCAAAACGAAAGAAUGAGAAAGAACAGGAAGGCACUGGCACCUGGAGAAGAAGACUGCUUUCUUUUCAAUUCCCCAAGAGCUCUGAUGAGAACAGAACUGAAAUCCUUGAUGGUUUGGAAGAGAUUGUUGACAAAACAGAAACAGACCCCACUGAAGGAAAACCUCUUUCAGUAAUGGAAAUCAAUGAACUUAUUCAGAGAAAGCAACUUCUGGAAGCAUUUGCAAGCAUCAAGUACAUGGAAGAUGAGAUGAUAGCAGAACGGGAUGCAGACAAAUACAAGGAUAACCCCCAGGAGUUUUUGAGGAAAACCAAGGAUGUGGAUUUACUUUACAGUUCUAUCACGAGCAUGAUCCGGUCCAUUGUGGUAGGAACACUGGAGAACCACACAGUGGAGGAGUCCACACUGACCUCCCUGGUGACAUUAAUUGCCCGUGAAGAGGCAGCUCAUCCUAAUACAGGCAGUGCUCCUGAUCCUGGGUCAGACUUGCUUGGGGCACCCAGAAAGUGGAGGGAGGUAUGGAGGGAAGCUGUUAAAGAGGGCACUAGAAAGAGAGUUCUGGGCAUACCCCUGGCAUCAAAGGAAGAAGAGAAAGCCUGGCUUGAUCUCCACUUAAAUUUUCUCCAGAAAUGCCUGCUCACAGACUUACUGAAAAUCAAGUCAUCGGUUAAAAAGUGCUAUCCAGAGGAGUACCGGGUGUGUGAAGUGUAUGUGGAGGCUUUUCACAAUGCCAUCGCUUCACACUUGCAGGAUCUCUCCCAGAGGCCACUGGAGUUCAAUGAGCUCUACUCCUUGCUUGACUGGGUGGCCAACACCUACCACAGUGAACUGUGUCUUGGUCACUCAGAUCUCAAACCAGAAGUUCAGACAGGAAAUCUGUCCCUGCUGCUAACAACAGCGGACUGGGAUAGACUGAAUGAUGAUUACAUCUCUUCUGUAAAGGGUAAAAUCAAGAGCUAUUUUGGAAAAAUCCUGACGCUGGAAGUGACGGAAAAGUGGGAGAAGGAAGAUCCCCCAGAAGUGAAGGAUAACCUGUACCAGUCCUCAGUUUCCUUUGACAUUCAGACGAUCAUCGGGGAGCACAUGAAGUUAUCUGAAGCCAUCAGUAAAAAGCUGAAAAGAAAAACUCUUGAGCUGUGCCUGGCUGAGCUGCAUGAAUUCAUACCAAGGUUCAGGAAGGAGUUCCUGGAGUGGAACACAGUCCAUGACAGCCCCAUGUUUGCACCCUACUUUGCUGCCUACAUCAACAGCUUCCACGACCUCUUGUCAGGCUUAGAAACAGUGUUUAAAGUCAACACUGAAGAACUGCAAAAGAUUUUGGCAGCUGUGACAGAGAACUUCAGAAAUGUGUUUUUAGAUAAAUUAAGAACAAAAACACAGCCACUGCUCAAGAAAAUCCUAACCAAGGACUGGAUUUUGGCAAUAGAGAAGCCAGACUCACUGGCAGUAGCAGUCUCACAGUUCUCAGAGCACCUGCAGCACACAAGGCAGCCCCUAGGAAAGGAACUUCUAUGCCAUGUUCAUAAGUAUGUGGUAAGGGAGUAUAUUGUGCAGAUCAUCAGACCCAAGAAGAAAAUGAAUGGAGAGAAACGGCUGCAAGUGAGAGAAAGGAUAAACCAGGAAGCCAAAAUCCUUAAUAAUGCUCUCAUUGAUCAUGGCUCUGACUCCAGUUGGCUCCUUCCCGCUAUAAGUCACAUCGCCAAUAUCAUUGGGGAGAAGAGAAAAGACAGGAUCAAGGAGUACGUCAAGGAGCUGACUCAGGAUUACCCGGACAUCAGGAAGGAGCACAUCAUGGCCAUCCUCGCAGUCCGAGGCCUGGGCUUCACCAGCAGAAGGAUGAUUUUGCAGCAAGGCUUUCACCACGCAUUGGAGAGCCCUGACAGUGAGGAUGGUAACACGCUCUUUGCUGAAAUCGAUGUGCCGGCAAUCAUCAGCUGCUUCUAAAGUACAACCAGCACAGAAGCCAGCAGCCUCCCUCCUCCUACGCUGCCUCUACAGCAUAAUCUAAAAGCUGCUACCUCUCCUCACUCCUCUGUAAAAACAACUUUUAACUGCUGUGGGAAAAGGGACCUGGGGGUGCAGAAACUGGAGGCAACAGAUACACCAAGCACCUGACCUGCUGCAAGAGCCCCAGGACAGCAGCACCCACCCCAUGCUCAACAUAUGGAUUUUACUGCUGGAAGGCUCGUUUGAUCCAAGGCUGAAUCUCUCUUCUGUAAAGAGAACCGAAAGGACUUUAAGCAGAGCUAUAUUAAGGCUUGGACUGCAUGGUGUAUAAUUACACAGCAGAAUAGCAACAGCCUCCUUCACAGUUAGCGUCCCAGAGCAACCCCAGAGCAGAGCUUGGGCAGUGAUGUGGCACUGCCAAAACCUUAAUGUGUCCCUAGUGAACCAACUGAGUGAGCUGACAUAAUACAAGGUCAGGGGUGUUGUGCUCUGAUACCAUACACCUGACUGAGGGUGGCAGCCUGGGAGGGCAAUCAAACACUCUGCUUCAGACACGUGGUGCACAGACUACUGCCCUCCAGGAUGGACCCCACAGCCUUUGUCCCCCUUGUGUUCCAGCAGAUUUUCUUCACUUGCUUGCCUUGCAAAACUCACACUGGACCCGAAGCCUGAUCAUUCCUUUACAACCUCCAAGUGUAGGCAGAUGUGUCGUGAUUGGAUGUGCCAUAUGAAGUGAAUCUGCAAGUCCUCCAGGCCAGCGGGAGAAGGGCCACACUUUAGCAUGUUCAGAUGUAUUUUAACCUGGUUCAGUCUGAUUGUUGUGUGAAACUUCAUGCGAGUUAGACAGGAAUGGGAUGGGAUCCGCCUCUGGCAUGAACCAGCAUCACCCCAUUGAAGCUGCGGCUAUUCAUCCUCGAUCUGUGAACCAUCCCCUUUUCAUUAGGACCAUAUUUUGCAUUCCAAUAAAACAGAAGAAAGAUC